AUGCCUUUAAUUUGUUUGUCUGUAAAUUCGAGAAAAAUAGGUGCCCCAAAGAGAGGCGUGGGAAAACUGGUGAUGCCGGGGACGGGUGGAGGAAUCAUUCGAAUGCCGCCCGUUCAACAAACACCGACAUUGGACUUGGAUGACAAGUGCACAAUCAAAGUCGACGAAAACUCACCUGAGGUUGAAGUGCUUGCAACUGAUUUGAAAGUCUUGGAAGAGCUGGGAAGGGGUGGAUAUGGAUUGGUGGAGAAAAUGCUGCACCGACCGACGGGGAUUGUCAUGGCCGUGAAGCGUAUCACCUCCUCGAUGAACGACGAGUCACAAAAGCGAACGCUUAUCGAGUUGCAAACGUGUAUGAAAAGUGAUUGUUGCCCACAGAUGGUUCGCUUUUAUGGAGCCAUGUUUCGCGAGGGAGAUGUGUGGAUUUGUAUGGAAGUAAUGGACACCUCUCUCGAUAAAUUUUACAAAUCGGUGAUCGCUUCCGGCUCUCGUUUGCCUGAACCCUUUGUCGCUAAGGCAACUUUAUCAAUUCUCGAGGGCCUUAACUUCAUGAAAUUGCAAAUGAACUUGAUACAUCGAGACGUGAAACCGUCAAACAUUUUGCUGAAUCGAGCGGGCGCCGUGAAAAUCUGCGAUUUCGGAAUUUCCGGUCAUCUGACAAACUCAGUUGCAAAAACGAUAAAUGCUGGCUGUAAACCCUACAUGCCACCGGAGAGGAUAGAUGGAGACAAUAAAGUCGCCUACGAUGUGAGAGCUGAUGUGUGGAGUCUAGGGAUCACAAUUAUCGAAAUCUCAACCGGUACUCAUCCAUACGGCCGUUGGAAAACCCCAUUUGAGCAAUUGAAACAAGUUGUCCAAGAACCACCUCCAAAACUCCCGUUUGACAUGGGCUUUUCGAAAGAAAUGUUCAAUUUUGUUGAGAAUUGCUUGAUGAAAGAUUUCAUGAAACGACCGAAAUACCCGGAAUUGUUAGCUCAUCCAUUCAUGGAGAGUGCCAGAAAUGAGAAGCAUUUCAGCAUGUCACAAUACGUUCAACAGUAUCUCCCAGAGCCCACGACCGACCCUGUAGCCGAGACAGCUGCACAGCUUUCCCGUGUCGAACUUCAACGA